GGCGAACGUUCGUGCAAAGCCGGGGAUUUUAAAGCUGGAGUUGCCUUCUUUGAAGCCGCUGUUCAAGUGGGGACAGAAGAUUUGAAAACCCUGAGUGCCAUCUACAGCCAGCUCGGUAAUGCUUACUUCUACCUGAAGGAAUAUGCCAAAGCUCUGGAAUAUCAUAAACAUGAUCUCACUUUAGCCAGGACCAUUGGCGACCGCAUCGGAGAGGCCAAAGCCAGUGGGAACUUGGGAAAUACACUGAAAAUCCUUGGGCAGUUUGAGGAAGCUGCUGUCUGUUGUCAGAGGCACCUGGACAUUUCUCAAGAGCAAGGAGACAAG